CCCUUUCAUUUUCCGUGUACUACAUAUUCUACCUAUCGUAUAUGUACGAAUCUCAUCCCUCUUCACUUUUCACCAAUAUGCUCCGUACGCUAAAACCCAAGUCAGUAGGGCCUUCAGAUGACACUCCGCUAGUCGUGCCGCAAACACCCAGCUCGCCCAUAAAUAGGAGAGACCCAGCCCUAAAUUCUGGACCUAUAUCCAAGACAUUUCGUCUCCUCCCCCGCAACCCACGCACUAUACGCAAGCUCAACAAGAUCAAAGCCGCCAGUACAAUACCUUCAGCGUCAACUAAGAGAGAGCCAGAGUCUUCAAGUACCGGGGGUACUACAGCGAAGACUUACACGUUCGAGCCCUCGCAACAAGAAAAUGUAACUGUUACGAUUUGGUCCACCGAUUACUCCACCACGAAUGAACUGGUUACCACGGAGUCUGAGAACAAUGGUAAUACUGAGACGGAGGAAGAGGAUUCUGAACAACAGUGGCUAGACCAUCUGAUGGGAGCGCAUGAUGGAAGGGAUCCGUAUGGGUUGGCGAGUAAACCGUAUCUUGAUGCUGGGUUGCUGCCACCGUGGAAGCGGUGCCGAUGGUGUGAGGAAAGCUUGGUGUGGCUGCAGGGGAGGGGGGGUUAG